UGCUUGCGUUUACAGUGUACCCUUGACGAUGACGAAUGUUUUCUUUUCGCCCCGCGCGUAUUGCAAAAUUAUUUUACAUGCAGCUAAAUAUCCGCAUUGUGCAAUAAAUGGCCUGCUGCUUGGCAAACAAAAGAACAAGGACGGCAGGGCGGAUCUAUACAUCGAGGAUGCGAUACCUUUAUUCCAUAUAUGCCUACACGUUUCCCCAAUGGCGGAAAUAGCACUUACUUUGGUGGACCAAUUAGCUGCAAGCAAAGGCCUUAUACUAGCGGGUUAUUACCUGGCCAACGAGAAUAUAAAUGAUUUAAGUACAGACAGACCAGCCCAUAGAAUAGCGGAUAAAAUCGCAGAGAACUUCAACAGUGCACUGUUGGUAGUGGUGGAUAAUCGAGAAGUGACUUUAGGUAUGGGCUCGAGUCCAUUGAGAAUUUCACAAUCUGUAGAGGGAAAAUGGAAGCCAAAAGAUAAGGCAAAUAUAAUUUAUGAGGACGAUAUUGCACACACAGAUGCAAUGUAUUCGUUACUGAAGGCAGAGGAGUAUAGGAAUCUGAUCGAUUUUGACAACCAUCUCGAUAACAUCGCUCUUGAUUGGCAAAAUCAGAAAUUAAAUAAAAUAAUCGACGAGGCUGUCGACAAACACACAUAGGAGAUGACAAUGCAACCAUUCCACACACAGUUCAUACAAAGAUUGUUUUAUUUAUGUUGCACUCUAUCUAUAUUUCAUUCA